AUGGCAGAGGAUCCCAAAAGUGCUCCAGACGCACAGAGCAGCAACAGCAGCAGCAGUGCAGCAGCAGAGCACGCUGAUGGAGAGGAGAACAAGGAACAACAGGAGCAGAACAAGGAGCAGGAGCAGCAACAAGAGGAGGAGGAGGAGGAGGAGGAGCUGGUGAUCGAGCAGCCUUUACUGACGAUCAAAGAAGUGUUCGUGUAUAGGGUGCCUCCCUUGCGAGCGUCUUCGGGGCACCGUGCCGAGGAGUGGGGACUGGCAAAUCCCGUCUUCACAGGCGUGCUGAAGAUUGCCCAGGUAGGAAACGCGUGCUGUCUACGGUUGUUCAAGCCCCCGCCGGAGGGGGAACUAGGAGCCACGCCCGAGCUCUUCGCCCAGUGCGAGGUGCGAUUGGACGGCGGCCGCACCCUCCAGGUGUAUGUGGAGUCCGUCAUCGACUCCUCUCGCUAUUUUGUGCUCCGGUGCGAGGACAAGGCUUCUGGGAGGCACGCCUAUGUCGGCGUAGGUUUCCGGGAGCGUAGCUCGGCGUUCGAUUUCAAGGCGGUGCUCGAUGAUUUCGUCCGUUUCUUGGAUCGACAAAAGCGAGCAGAGGAAACAUCUGCCAUUGAGGAGGAAGAAGGGGAGGAGGCACUGGGUCCGGUGAAGCUGAUGAAAGACCUUUCCAUCGCGGAGGGGCAGAAGUUGCAUAUCGGCCUAAAGGACAACAGCAGCAGUGACAACAACAACGCCGCCGCUAAGCGAGACACCGGCGACAGCAGCGGCAACAACGCCACCCGCCGCGGCGGCGUCGGGUGCGGACCACCCCCCAGGCUCGGCGGCGGCGGCGGCGGAGGAGGAGGUGGCAGCGGGCGAGGGGGGGGUUGGGGACGGCUGUGGCGGCGGUGGUGA